GAAUGGCGGAGACGCUGAGGCGGGUGCUAAACCUAGGCACCUCAGCAAGGUCCGGGGAGGAGGAUACAGCUGAGGCUGGACCGCCUUUGCUGCUGCUCGGCGGCCCAGGGUCUGGAAAGACAGCGCUGCUAUUCGCGGCGGCCCUGGAAGCGGCAGGAGAGGGCCGAGGCCCCGUCCUCUUUCUGACUCGAAGGCCUCUUCAAAGCCUGCCCCGCGGGACUGGCGCAGCACUCGACCCCCUGCGGCUACAGAAGAUCCGCUUCCAGUACCCACCCUCAACCCAUGAACUCCUUCAGCUUCUGUGCUCUGCCCAUGAGGCCCGCGGUCCAGCCCCCUCCCUGCUGCUACUGGAUGGCCUUGAGGAGUACCUAGUGGAAGACCAGGGACCCCAGGACGCCGCCUACCUGGCUGCGCUGCUUCUGGACACAGCUGCCCACUUCAGCCACCAGACCGGGCCUGGCCAGGGCUGUGGGCUCGUUGUGGCCCUACAGACCCAAGAGGAGGGAGUCAGUGGAGAUGCCCUGCAGGUGUCACUGCUCCGGCGGUAUUUCCCUGCCCAGUGCUGGCUGCAGGCAGAGACACCAGCCCCAGGACAGCACCGCCUCCGAGCCUGCCUGGAUCCAGGUGGGCUGGGGCCUCAGGCAGAGUGGUGCGUGGCUUUCCGACCAAAUGGAGAGAUGACAAUCACCCCGUGGCCUACCCAGGCUGGUAACCUCAGCUUAGACAAAGGUUCAAGCUCUGGAGGCCAGCCUUGAGCUUUGGUGUGUGACAACCUCUCUAUGCCUCAGUUUCCCAUGCCUGGAAUACUUACUUCAGGGACACAUGCAGAUUCAAAGACCUAAAGGAUAUAAAAUGCUUUUUCUCAUUUAAAAGCAGCAUUAUCGGGGCGCCUGGGUGGCGCAG